GUUGCUGUUGUUGUUGUUGAAGCUGCACAUGGCCUGUCAGUUUGUGCUGGAAAGUUGAGGCAGGCAGCAAACAUGCAGAGGUCACCGACUUGCGGGAACUGCCUAAGAAAUUAUGAAUUCAAAGAUUUCAGACCAGUUGGAUCUCACAUCCCACUGCUGCUGUCAUGUGGUCAUCCAUUUUGUGAAGGAUGCCUCCUGAAACUUGGCCGACAAAAAGACUCAAUCCAGUGUCCUCAAUGUGAGAAAGAAACCAAACUAGACCCAGAAGGAGAAAGAGGUGUCAAGAACCUCCUUCCAGACAUUUAUUUACUUGGUGUUCUGACACACAACAAAAGGGCUGCAUUAGAGAGUGGUCAGAACAGAGUUGUAACAGGUCCUCUGUGGAACUUUGGAAGCAUUUACCAUUUAGCUGCCGAAAAUGAAAGGGCCAAAGACAGUUCAAAUGAAGAAAGUGCAGAGGGAGAAAACAAAGAAAAUUCAGGAAAUGCUGAUUCUACCAGACAAGUUUUAUGCGAAGAAUGUUCUGGGGUGGCAACCUGCAUUUGCCAUAGCUGUGAUGACUGCGCGUUUUGUGAAAGCUGUUUUGUUCAAUGUCACAAAGCUUUGAAACGACUACAGAAACACCAGCCUUUGCCAUUGUCAUUUCCAAGGAAGGUGGAGUUGGAAUGCUCGGAUCACAGUGGCCGUGUCCUUGAAUUUUUUGACAAAACAUCGAAUCUGCCAGUUUGUGCACUAUGUGUUAUUGCAGAGAAGUGCAGUGGACAUGAAAUAGUUCCCCUUGGAGAGCUGGAUGGAGGCUUACAGGAAGAACUACAAAGCUCGAUUCUUAGUGCCAAAGAAACACUUGCUUGUUUGAAAAACUCAGAAAAGGUUAUCGCUUGUUCUCUGCCUGAGCUCUCAAUCACGGCAAACCAGUUUCUGCAAGAUGUUCGAGAAUUCUUCAAUCGUCUGCAUUCAGAACUACAAAUAAGGGAGGCAACUUUACUUGAACAGGCAGCCCAGAACUACGCGCAAAAUUUUGGAUUCACUUCAAUCAUGAUGGAUUGUCUUGAGAAGCAGAAACUUGUGGAAUCAACAAUUAAAGAUUGUGAAAUCUUACGUCAACAACCACAGAUUUUGAGGCUGAAAGUCAACGAGCUUUUGUCAAGAUUAGAGGAAUGCAAAAGCAUUGCAUGUUUUGCAAAAAAGGUUGAGAGGAAAGGUGACUACAUACGCUUCGUGGUCGACAAAGAAAAGGCAGAAGUUCUUAAAGAAAUCGGAGGAUUGGAAGUAACCGGAGAGAAAAUGGUCCAAAUGCUGAAACUUGCUGAUUUAACAGAUGAAGAAAGGAAUCUCAUGAAAGACGAAGCAUUUAGUUCAAAUGAUUUAAUGACACCCAGUCAAGGAAGUAACUUGUGUGAUGAGCUUGAAGCAUGUCCAAGAAUGUCUGGUUCAUUCGAAUUGGUAUACGUUACUUAUGUGAAGACGCCUGAAAAAUUUUACGUUCAGAGUUGUUCGAAUAAAGAGAGACUCCAACACAUGAUGCACAACUUGAACAAGUACUGCAGAAGCUCGGAUAAACCCGAGGACCUUGUCUUUUGUCCAAGAAAAGACGAAUUGGUAUGUGCUCAGUUCCUUGCAGACAACAACUGGUACAGGGCCCGUAUUGUCUCACCCAGGUCUCAGCAACAGCCCAACACUGUCCCAUCAUGGGAAAAUGGCCUUCCAAUCGAAGUGCAGUAUAUCGAUUAUGGGAAUACAGAAAGUCUGCCAUUGGCCAGAUUAAGGAAAAUGAGACCACAAUUCCUGGAAGUGCCCGAGCUUGCUGUUCCUUGUUCUCUUGUGGACAUCGUGCCUCCAGAGCAACAAAAAUCCUGGCCUCUUAAUUCGACCAAGGCGUUCUAUUCGUUUGUGGGAGACAAGCCGAUGCUUAUGAACAUCCAGUUCCAAUAUGAUGGCAAACUGUACGUUGACCUGCGACGUCCUGAUGAUGAUGAACCAACGAGAGAUGACGAGCGACCAGUCUCACUUAGAGAUGCCCUCGUUUUCAUGGAGUUUGCGAGGUUUAAAUCACCUAAUUCUAUGGCUAUUGAGCCACCGAAAGCAUCAAGAAAGUACAAGGAGCCGGUUCUUCCCGAAAUAGAAGAGAAUUCUGACGUCCUAAUAACCCAUGUGGUCAGUCCUGAUGAAAUUUACGUCCAAAAGUUUGCUUCACCCAUCGCUGAAGUGCAUGAAGAAUUGGCGAAGCUCUAUGCGAGAAAUCGUAAAGAUACAAACACCGUUUCAUUUCCUUAUCGAAACAUGGUUUGUGCAGCUAAAUUCUCGGAAGAUAAAUUAUGGUACCGUGGUUUGAUAACGCAUGUCUACGAUGACUGCAGCAUCCAAGUUCAGUUUGUUGAUUACGGAAAUUCUGAAAAAACCAUGCUCACUCAAAUUCGAAAACUUCCAGACACGUGUCUAACUCUUCGCAAGCAGGCUCUUCGCGUCAAAUUGAAAGAUGUCGGAUAUCUUACCGGCCAAACUGACUGGUCUCCAGAAUCAAUAAGCUUUCUCACUGAAGCAAUUUUGAAUAAGCCACUUGUCCUUAUGACUAAGGCAAUCGAAGAUGGCGUUCCACUGGUUGAGCUCUGCGACACCUCUACCGAUGAUGAUAUAUACAUCAACCAUUUGUUGGUGCAAAAAGGCUUCGCAAACAGCACAGGCAUCAGCUCUGAACAGAAAUCGUUCCUCGUUGGUUUUGGCACGAGUAAUGCAGAGGGCAGUGGCAUCAGGUUACUGAGCCAGGCACAGAAAUCUACACAAACAUAUCUUCCACCUGUACUGCCUACAGAAAAGAUAUUCACAGUGAUGGGGACCUUUGUUAGCAAAAAUGGAUGCAUAUAUGGACACAAAACUGAUGAAAGGGAGAAAGAGACAAUGAUUUUGAGAGCCGUUAGCCACAAAUGUAACGAUGACGAAAUCACAGAACUUCCCGGCAUGCAAAGCACUGAUGAACUCUGCAUAAAUCAAGCCUGCGUGGCUCAGUUUUCAGAAGACAGUCUUUGGUAUCGGGCUGUCAUCGUUGAAGUUGUUGACAAUGCCCAUGCAGAGGUUGAAUUUGUUGAUUUUGGAAACAGGGAAAUCGUUCAGGCAUCAGAUAUUCGACUUACAGCGGUGUCUCCUGAAAUUCCGAGACAGGCUCUGAAGUUCAAACUUUAUGGCAUUGAACCGAGCAAUGGCAAUGGAGAAUACGCCAAUGAAGCUAUCGACACCUUGAACAGCAUCAUGGUCAACCAAAACUUCAUAGUUCAUUUAGAAGGCCUACAGCAAGAUCCUUCGCUGCUUGUUGCCUCAAUAAUAGUCUCAUCUGGCCAAGACCUUGCCAAAGGUUUGGUAUCAGCAGGCUUUGCACGAGAAACAGAAAAUGAUCAGGAAGAAGCCCAAGAGAUUGAUCAUCUGGCUGCUCUUUCCCUUGACGACGACUUUGUCCAACCCACGCUGCCAGAGAUUGGGGUACAUUUUGAUGUGACAGUGACGCAAGUAGAAGCACCAAAUAUUGUUUUCAUUCAGAGGCUGCCUCCCUCUGAGGAUGAAGAAUCAUAUUCAAACGAUGCUGAUGAUACAGAAGAUAUUGCGAAGGAGCAAAUAGAUCAGCUCCACAGGCAGUCCGUCCUUAUGAAUUCAGAUGGUUUUUUUGAUGACAACUCAGCGCUGGACUCCAUAGAACCGGGAAUGGCUUGUUGCGGCAAAUAUUCAAAGGAUGAUCAAUGGUACAGAGUAAAGAUCGAGUCAGUGAAAACAAAAGAUGACAAUCCGGAUGGGGAAAUAAUUGGUGCAGAGGUACUGUUCGUCGAUUAUGGGACAAGCGAAGUUGUUCCUGUUGCAAGACUAAAAAGGAUACCUGAUGAUCUAAUGGAUUUGCCUUCCCAAGCCAUUUGUUGUGAACUUGCUGGAAUCUUCCCACCAGAAGACUUGGACAGGUUUGAUGAAUUUUUCAGAGGGACGCAGUGGCCCAUCAGCACUCUGAAAGCAGUGUAUGAGAUUGUGGCUGACAAGAGAUUAAUUGCUUGCAUUCUGGAUAAUGGGCCACCAAUCAAGAUUAUCCUCUUUGAUCGUAUUGGUAGUGAUGAAAAUGAAACUGGGGAAGUAUUUGACAUGCCUGUCGGCACAAUUCUCAGCACAAGAAACUUAGCUACUUAUGAUCUGGAAAGGUGCUUUGCUUCUCAAGAGUGAAGAUGGUACAUCUUAACUGUGUAAAUAUUCAAAGAAAAAUAAUGGCUCUUAUGGUUUCCUUGGUAACUGCUAAGACAAUUAAUCGAAGAGAUUGCAGGAAGUAUUUUCAAAAUUGUCUUAUUCAUUUUCGAAGCCUACAAAGAGGUACCAGUUUGCUUUCUUUCUGUGAGACUUUUGCAGAAUUUACAAAUGUUAUAAAAAGUUCAGCUCACAUAGAAUUAUAUUACAGCUAUCAUAUCUUAUAGCUUCUUUACUUUCUGUUGAACCAAUGUAAAGGGUGCUGUGUAUAUUGCUGCUGUCCUGCAUCAUAUAUACAAGUUCAUUUAUUAGCUAUUUAAAUUUUAUGAAAGGUUAGCAGUAUGAAAGAUGUAUUUACAAAUACUUCAACAAUGUACAUUUAAAUGAUAGAAAAAUUACAACAGCCAUUCAAUCAGUAAAUUGUUCAUACAUAUAAAGGUUCUCAUGGGAGGCAGAAACCCCUAAUGUUCAAUUGAUACCCCUCCCAUUGGCAGGCCAGGUUUCUGAAGUUUCAUGAAAACUGGCCACAUUCUAAGAAAUAUUCAAAAUAAAAAAAGACCCAUUUUUGACCAAGAAAGAAGUUCUUUGUUAUGAGGAAAUUUGAAAAGUUUAAAAAGCAUUUUGGUAUUUAUUUAAUAUAUAAGAAAUUGUAAGCUACUUCUGGGUAGGACAGUUUCAAAGAGCAUGCUGUAGCUUGUUGCAAAUAUGGUGGCUUCCCUGAACAUAAAAAUGCAUAACACAAGCUUUAUUCGAUUACCAUCAACACCAAACUUGAGGUCAUGGGGUUUUCUAGGCCAUGGAGUUUUCUAGGUUAUGGGGCUUUCUAGAAGCAAGGAGGAGGUUAAGCGAACGACACUCAGGGAAAUAAAGGAAAGCUAUGUUUUUUGACAACUUCCAGUUGUAACAUUGAAAAAGAAAAGCAUCUAAAUAAACAGCCAUAAUUGUUUUAACCAGCCUUUUAUGUUAAUGCAUAAUAAACCAUGUCCCAGUUUUUCCAGCUAUUAAAUAUGGCCAUUAUGGAAAGCUAGACUGUCCCAACAGUAAUUGUUAGAGCAAUUGUAUUAGUAAAUUAGUUAUAUUUAAUAGUUUUUAACUUGAAUUUUUCUUUCUGUCUUGUUUGUUUUGUUGUGUUUAAUUUUCAUCACAAAUUGUAAAAAAAUGAGUUAACUACUUGCA